AAAAUGAGGUUAAGAAUUGUCAAAUCAAAAGUCCUGUCAAACAAACAUCGCCUUUUUCGGCAAAGAGUACAUGAACAAACCAUUUGCUAGGAUUUUUCUUUUAAUAUCGACUUUCGGCGUAAAAAAUGGGCGAAGACCUACAAAGAAAGCUUCAAAAUGAGCUAGCAAACUUUCAACAGGUCCAAAAAGAACUACAAAAAUCCAUUUCAACAAGACAACAACUAGAUGGGCAACUGUAUGAAAAUGAAAUUGUGAAAACUGAAUUGGAGAUGCUUCCCGCUGAUGGUAAGGUAUUUAAAUCAGUUGGGCCAAUUUUGAUCAAAACUGAACUAGUGGAAGCGAAGCAGAAUGUGAGCAAAAGAGUAGACUUCAUCAAUAAGGAAUUGAAAAAGGUUGAUGACCUUAUUGCGACAUUGGAAAAAAAGCAGGACACACAUAGAGAGGCCCUACAAAAAUUACAAAUGCAGUUGCAACAAGCACAAGUCAAGGCUGCCCUACGUGCUUAAUUUAAAAUAAAUAUUUUUUUGGUAUUUAUUGUUUGUUAAAGAGAUAGGUUAUUUUGCUCUAUUCUUUAAUUCUGCUAGGAUAUUUCAUAUGUUGUAAUAAAUGUCUCCAUAAUAAAUGUU